UAGAAUUAGCAUAUCCUCUCUGUAUUGAUGUCUUUGUGUAUGAAAUCAGAAAUUGUCAACAAGGUAAAUUAGUAUUCGCUGAAACGUUAUAGUCUCUGUAUCUGUCAAUUAAUUAAAAUGGAAAAAGUUUGUAAAUUCGACGAAAAAGUGCAACAGCAUUUAAAAAAUUUAAAUCCUGACAAAGUGUUCACCACUGAAAAGUAUAACUCCAUUUUAUCUGAAGUGAGAGAAGCGAAAGAUUUACAUAGGAAUAAAAAACCCAUGACGACCAAGCAUUAUCGUCGAUUAAAGCGCUUUGACAUAAUUAAUAUUGGUGCUACAGAGAAAUUGAUUGAAAAUACGAAACUGCAGGAAGACGGAAAUCGCGAAAUACGUUAUUUUUGCAAAGUCGAGGAAUAUUUUCACGUUUUGGACAAGGCUCAUGCAGAUACACAGCACAAAAGAACGAGAGUUAUGGAAGCCGAGUUGAAAAAAAAAUACGUCAAUAUUUCGAGGCAUAUAAUUGAUAUUUAUUUGUCAUUAUGUGAAGAGUGUCAACUGAAGAAAAAAACUAAAAAACGCGGAUUGGUUGUUCGCCCUAUUUUAUCCAGCCAAAUGAAUAGCAGAUGUCAAGUGGAUCUGAUAGACAUGCAGAGUGAAAAGGAUGGCGAAUUUCGCUUCAUACUAAACUACCAGGACCAUUUGACAAAAUUCACCAUGCUGAAGGCUUUAAAAACGAAAACCGCUAAGGAAGUUGCAUAUCACUUAGUUGAUAUAUUUUGUAUAUUUGGUGCACCAUAUAUUCUCCAAUCCGACAAUGGACGCGAAUUUCGGAACCAAUUAAUUGAAAGUCUCGCAGAAAUUUGGAACGGAUUAAAAAUGGUUCACGGGAAACCUCGCCACUCGCAAAGUCAGGGAUCCGUAGAAAGGAGCAAUCAAGAUGUAAGGGAUAUGCUUAUAUCGUGGAUGGCUGACAACAACAAUAAUCAUUGGUCAGAAGGAUUACGCUUCAUUCAGAGCAAAAAAAAUCGCGUUCUUCAUUCGGGAAUUAAAACUAGCCCAUAUGAAGCAAUGUUUGGCUGUCCGCAGAAAAUUGGAUUGAGUGAUUCUCCAUUGUUGGCAGAGGUUUAUUCUGCAAUUGAGACAGAAGAGCAAGAGGACUGCAAAAACAAGCCGAAAAAAUGCUUGCACUAUCCAAUGAAAAAUUAUCACCUGUUCCUGUUGGAUCAAAUGUCGUCGUGAAGGUUCCUGAUGUGGAUAGGGGAAGAGUUGCAGCUCGCAGCGUGCUAGCAGUAGUCGAAGAAGUUACUUCCGAUGGCCUUCAUCGUUUAGGUACCAGAAGUGGUACAUUAGAACGACGUUAUGUUCGAAACGAAUUCACUACUGCUGAUUCCAACUUCAUCAGAGCCGAAGAUGUUCCAUCAACGACAUUAUCGUUGAGAAAAGCUUCGGCACUUGAUUCAGGAUCAAAACAAGGUUUUAUUUUCUGCAAUUGUUUAAGACAUUGCACCCAUAUUCGAUGUAAGUGUCUAUCAAAUAACGUGAAAUGCAACUCGAAGUGUCACUCCAGCACUGCAUGUAAAAAUAAAUAAAUUUAAGCAUAAACAAUUUUUGAAAACUUGUCUGAUAAAAUUUAAACAGUUUCUUUCUUAUCUUUUCAAUGAAGAAAAUUGUUCUUAAAAUUCGAAUUCACAAUUUAGGUUCUUAUUUUUUGUACAGAAAUUGAUUUUUGUGUAAAAAUACAUUGCUAAAAGA